AUGAAGAAUGCUUUGACCCUCGCUCUGUUUUCGUUUGCCGUGUCCCAGGCCAUGGCCGUUGUCCCCAUUCCCAUCAAGGAGUGCACAAAGACUGUUGUCGUUGAUCCUAAAUACGAUGCAUGCACUGAUUUCGCAAGGGACUACAACAUCACAUUCAAGGACCUUCUCCAUUACAACGAGAAGUUGCGCAAGGACUGCAUGAACCUCGACACUGGCGAGAAGAUGUGCGUAUCCAUCAACCCCGGCGGUAUCAACCCUCCCCUGGUCCCCAAGGCCAAGAAAGAAAAGACCACCCCAGCCGCAGAUGCAGAUGCGUCGCCCAAGGAUGCAAUGGACGACAAGAAGACUAAGGAAAGAAAUGCAGCUGGUGAAACCGUCAAGCCAAAGCAUGCCCAGGAGGUCAAUUCAGCAGCCAAGGUCACGGAAAAGAAAGGGAAUACCCCUGCUGCCGCAGGUGUUGUCCCUGUCCCUGCAAAAGGUGCCAAUGGCGCCACUACGCCACCAACCAAGCAGCAGCAACAGCCGAACACGGUUGUGAACGCUGCUUCUGUUUCUGUGGGUGCCACUUCGUCGAUGUUACUUGCGGCUGCAGGUGUCCUUCUGUCUGUCGUCUACAUGCUUUAG